AUGAUUGGAAACCUUGUCUUUGUGGGUGCUGCUGCUCAACAGCCCCAGAUCGCCAUAAUUCCUUCGUCAACUUCAUCUCGUCUCCCUUCCAACAUUCCUCUACGGACCCUCCCUGCCCGAUCAGAUACCGACCAAGACGCCCAGGCCGCUUCGCUAUUGGGCUUUCCGGGCCACGCCGCCUCUAAUCAUCGUCGGCGGUCCUCCAGCUCCGAGUCAUCCUGGACUGACACCGGCGAUAUUGGAGAUCAACUUGGCGACGAACUCGAUCCUGUACGUCUUCAGCUGCCCGAAGAGCUUGAGCAAGAGCUCCUCGCUGGUGUGCAGAAGCGUCAGCCCAAGCACAACAAAAAGGUCCGCAUACGCGACCCGUCGCCCCAGCACUACGAUCGAUCCCCCUCGUUCCCUCGAACUAUCGACAAGGAGGCCAUCGAAAUCCCCCAGAUCAAACCGCAACGGCCCUCGCGCGCUCAACGUUGCAUCGGAGCCAUCAUGUCGGGGCGAUCGGGUUCCAUCCACGGCCUGACGGGCAAGGCCCUGCUUUAUUUCACCAGCAUAUUUGUUUCUCUUGGCGUGUUUCUGUUUGGUUAUGAUCAAGGCGUUAUGUCGGGCAUCAUCACUGGCCCUCACUUCAUCGACUAUUUCGACCAUCCCUCCAAAGCUCAUGUCGGUACCAUGGUGGCAAUUUUGGAGAUUGGCGCCUUUAUUUCAUCACUAGUCGUCGGCCGAGUUGGAGACAUCAUUGGCCGAAGACGUACCAUCUUGUAUGGAUCCUGCAUAUUCUUUGUUGGCGGCGCUUUACAGACAUUGGCAAGCUCCAUGGCCAUGAUGAUGGUCGGCCGAAUCAUUGCCGGUGUUGGUGUUGGUAUGCUUUCUACUAUUGUGCCUGUGUACCAGUCGGAGAUUUCCCCUCCUCAUAAUCGUGGAAAACUUGCUUGUAUCGAGUUUUCUGGCAAUAUUAUCGGUUACACAACCUCGGUCUGGGUAGACUACGGCUGCGGGUUCAUCGACAGCAACAUGUCGUGGAGAGCCCCCCUCUUCAUGCAGUGUGUCAUGGGGGCGCUUCUUGGUCUUGGCAGUUUGAUCAUUGUUGAAUCUCCAAGAUGGCUUCUUGACAACGACCACGACGAGGAAGGCAUGGUAGUCAUUGCUAAUCUAUACGGAGGCGGCGAUAUUCACGACCACAAGGCCAGAGAAGAGUACCGCGAAAUCAAGAUGAAUGUGCUUCUUCAGCGACAAGAGGGCGAACGGACCUACUCUGACAUGUUCAAAAGAUAUUCUACUCGCGUCUUUAUCGCCAUGUCUGCACAGGCUCUAGCACAGCUGAAUGGCAUCAACGUCAUCUCCUACUACGCCCCUUAUGUUUUUGAAUCUGCCGGCUGGGUCGGGCACGACGCUGUACUGAUGACUGGCUUGAAUGGCAUUACUUACUUCUUGUCCACAAUUCCUCCUUGGUACUUGGUAGAUCGAUGGGGUCGAAGACCGAUCCUGCUGUCCGGUGCAGUUGCCAUGACCAUUUCUCUGUCGCUCAUUUCAUACUUCAUCUACCUCGAUGUCAAAUGGACGCCGAGAAUGGUAGUUCUUUUUGUCAUGAUCUACAACGCGGCGUUCGGCUACUCUUGGGGCCCUAUCCCAUGGCUAUACCCACCGGAGAUCCUGCCUCUCAGCAUUCGAUCCAAGGGUGCCAGCUUGUCCACAGCCACAAAUUGGGCGUUCAAUUGGCUGGUUGGAGAAAUGACACCAAUUCUGCAGGAAUGGAUCAAGUGGCGACUCUAUCUUGUUCAUGCUUUUUUCUGCACAGUUUCCUUCGUGAUUGUGUAUUUCGUCUACCCCGAGACUUGUGGCGUGCGUCUCGAGGAAAUGGACUCCAUUUUUGGCGAUGCAAGCACCGUCAUGGGUACACCAUCCAUGCAUGCCGACACCGAAUCCCUCAUACGUGGUGGCUCGCCCGGGCCGUCCAGAGACUUUCCCGGAAUGUCGCUUGAUGCUGCCGCAGACAUAGACGACGACCGCAAAUCCCAAAUCCACACCAAUGGAGGUGAGGACCGAAGCAUCGGUGGCUGGCUCUCUAGAGUGGUGGCUCGCGGCAGAUCGCCGAGCGUCCGCAGCACCCAAGGUCGAUAUGCUCCCUUGGGUCAAGAGGAGAGCCGGCGCAAUGAUGAGUGA